AUGAAGAGGGUGACGGAGGCGCUGAAGAAGGCCUCCGAGAGCGACGUCCCACGUUUUACCUCUGGGUCAUUUAUCAUAGGAACGCGGGUAGAGGAGGCCAAACGCUACAUUGAAGACUUAAUCCUCCAAUGGUCACUCGCUUACUCCCUAGCCACAGCGGAACCGGAGUCACCAGCCGCAGCGGAACCUGGGUCACCAGCCACAGCGGAACGGGAAUCACCAGCCGUCGCGAAACAGCAGUCCAGCCAAAAUCAAAUCACGAAGAGCGUUAAAAUACCCAAAAAAUUUCACGGAGCAUUCAUAGGUCACAAGGGCGCCCAUAUUAAACAAAUAGGCCAAAAAUACGGAGUGUUGCUGGGACUCAACACCAAUAAAAACCAUCCCAAACCAGGUUUAUGCGACCACGUGCCUCUUUUGGGCGACAUUUUACUUGCUAGAAAAAUCAAAAUUGAGAUGAAGAGGGUGACGGAGGCGCUGAAGAAGGCCUCCGAGAGCGACGUCCCACGUUUUACCUCUGGGUCAUUUAUCAUAGGAACGUCACCAGCCGAAGCGGAGCCGCAGUCACCAGCCGUAGCGGAACUGGAGUCACCAGCCGAAGCGGAACCAGGGUCACAAGCCGCAGCGGAACCAGAGUCACCAAACGCAGCGGAACCGGAGUCACCAGCUGCAGCGGAACCAGAUUCACCAGCCGAAGCGGAACCGAAAUCACCAGCCGCAGCGGAACUGGAAUCACCAACCACAGUGGAACCGGAAUCACCAGCCGUAGCGAAACAGCAGUCCAGCCAAAAUCAAAUCACGAGGAGCGUUAAAAUACCCAAAAAAUUUCACGGCACAUUCAUUGGUCACAAGGGCGCCCAUAUUAAACAAAUAGGCCAAAAAUACGGAGUGUUGCUGAAACUCAACACCUAUAAAAAUAAUAUCAGUAUCACCACCACAGCGGAACCGGAGUCACCAGCCGCAGCGGAACCUGGGUCACCAGCCACAGCGGAACGGGAAUCACCAGCCGUCGCGAAACAGCAGUCCAGCCAAAAUCAAAUCACGAAGAGCGUUAAAAUACCCAAAAAAUUUCACGGAGCAUUCAUAGGUCACAAGGGCGCCCAUAUUAAACAAAUAGGCCAAAAAUACGGAGUGUUGCUGGGACUCAACACCAAUAAAAACCAUCCCAAACCAGGUUUAUGCGACCACGUGCCUCCUUUGGGCGACAUUUUACUUGCUAGAAAAAUCAAAAUUGAGAUGAAGAGGGUGACGGAGGCGCUGAAGAAGGCCUCCGAGAGCGACGUCCCACGUUUUACCUCUGGGUCAUUUAUCAUAGGAACGUCACCAGCCGAAGCGGAACCAGGGUCACAAGCCGCAGCGGAACCAGAGUCACCAAACGCAGCGGAACCGGAGUCACCAGCUGCAGCGGAACCAGAUUCACCAGCCGAAGCGGAACCGAAAUCACCAGCCGCAGCGGAACUGGAAUCACCAACCACAGUGGAACCGGAAUCACCAGCCGUAGCGAAACAGCAGUCCAGCCAAAAUCAAAUCACGAGGAGCGUUAAAAUUCCCAAAAAAUUUCACGGCACAUUCAUUGGUCACAAGGGCGCCCAUAUUAAACAAAUAGGCCAAAAAUACGGAGUGUUGCUGAAACUCAACACCUAUAAAAAUAAUAUCAGUAUCACCACCACAGCGGAACCGGAGUCACCAGCCGCAGCGGAACCUGGGUCACCAGCCACAGCGGAACGGGAAUCACCAGCCGUCGCGAAACAGCAGUCCAGCCAAAAUCAAAUCACGAAGAGCGUUAAAAUACCCAAAAAAUUUCACGGAGCAUUCAUAGGUCACAAGGGCGCCCAUAUUAAACAAAUAGGCCAAAAAUACGGAGUGUUGCUGGGACUCAACACCAAUAAAAACCAU